AUGCUACACUAUUCCACCCAUGUCACUCCCUGUUUUAAGGGAGUGACGCAGUCUUCGAUCGUAACCCUACGGCGAUCGCUGUACCCAAGGACGACAUUUCGCCCAUCUGCCGCCUUUCUCUCACAGCUGUCUGGUACCCAGGCUAGCGAACAGAAUAAAGGCAAAUCACUUUUGGUACCCUCGUCCGCCAGAUUCAACGAGAUCGGAGUGCAACAACUGAGUGAACAUGUGCACUCACAAGUCUUCAAAAACAAGCCCACACCGCCCGACGAGAAACUCGUCGCACUGUCCAAAGAUCAUCUGUCUCGACAUGAUUUGUUGGGCAAAUCGCAAGAUGCGGCAGAGCCCAUCGCCUUCGACAUGCCCCCGUUGAGUGGCCAGUCCAUGGACGAACAUUUCUACAAACUUGCUAUGGAUGCUGCGGACCCUUACUUGCGCAACGCCAAAGAAUUCUCGACCAUCAACGCACCCCAAAUGCCGCGGAAAUGGGCCAAGCAGAGUGGAUGGACCAAAUAUAACAGUGACGGCUCUUACGAAGCCGUGGAUGCCCCCGAUGAGUCGGCGCUGACAUUCGAUACCGAAGUAUUGUACAAGGAAUCCUCGUUUGCGGUCAUGGCUUGCGCCGUGAGCCCGACCGCGUGGUACGCAUGGCUGUCUCCGUGGCUGCUGGGAGAGUCGGAUAAUGAUCGCCAUCUUAUCCCGCUGGGUGACAUGUCAAAGCCUAGGAUUAUUGUUGGCCAUAACAUUGGGUAUGAUCGGGCCCGCGUUCAAGAAGAGUAUGACCUGAAGCAAUCGCGGAAUUUCUUUAUCGAUACCAUGUCUCUUCACGUCGCUGUCAACGGAAUGUGUUCUCAGCAGCGUCCCACUUGGAUGCGGCAUAAGAAAAACAGAGACUUGAGGGACAAGAUCGCAAACGACCGCAAUUCCGUUGAACUGGCAGCCUUGCUCGAGAGCAAGACUCUCACGGAUGAAGAGGAGGAAUUAUGGGUAGGACGGAGUUCCGUGAACUCAUUGCGAGACGUUGCCAAGUUCCACUGCGACGUGACCAUCGACAAAUCCCAGAGAGACUAUUUCGGAGAGUUGAACAAGGAGCAACUGGUCGAAAAACUUGAUGAAUUAUUGGACUACUGUGCGGCCGACGUGGCCGUCACCCACCGAGUGUACAAAAAAGUGUUUCCCAACUUCCUCGAAGUGUGCCCUCACCCUGUCAGCUUCGCCGCCUUGCGCCACCUUUCGUCUGUCAUAUUGCCCGUGAAUGAAUCCUGGGACCGGUACUUGGAAGAUGCCGAGCGUACCUAUCAUCAACUCCUCAAUGAUGUUCAAAACAGACUCCUUAAGCUUUGUGAAGAAGCAUUGAAGGUGAAGGCCGACUCAAAGACUUAUCUGAAUGACCCUUGGCUGCGACAGCUGGACUGGACCGGGCAAGAGGUUAAGAUGGUGAAGGGCAAAAAGAAAGGCGACCCUCCACGACCAGCAGCUCGACAGAAGAUGCCGGGCAUGCCCAAGUGGUACAAAGAUCUCUUUCCGACCAGCAAUUCCAACAUCAACCUCACAGUCAGGACUCGAAUAGCCCCCAUAUUGCUUAAACUUGCAUGGGAUGGCCAUCCACUGAUUUGGUCUGACAAAUUUGGCUGGACAUUCAGAGUACCUGAGAAAGAAGCCUCUGUUUACCAAAACCAACCGGUUACUCGCUGCAAUAUGUCAGAAGAGACUAAUGCAGAGCUGCGAGAUGAUUGGGAUCAUGUUUACUAUAAACUUCCUCAUAAAGAUGGCCCACAGGCCCGAUGUGCCAACCCACUGGCUAAAGGCUAUUUGGCUUAUUUUGAAAGGGGUACGCUUUCGUCGCAAUUCGCUCUUGCCAAAGAAGCGCUGGAAAUGAAUGCAUCGUGCUCUUAUUGGAUCAGUGCUCGUGACCGGAUCUUGAGCCAGAUGGUUGUCUACCAAGAUGAUGUGUCGGCACCAAAAAAUCCGGACAGGAAACUAGGCUUUAUUUUACCUCAGAUUAUCCCAAUGGGCACCAUCACUCGUCGAGCCGUGGAGAACACUUGGCUCACUGCCAGUAACGCCAAAAAUAACCGUGUAGGAUCUGAGCUAAAGGCUAUGAUCCAAGCCCCGCCAGGUUACGCGUUUGUUGGCGCCGAUGUCGAUUCACAGGAAUUAUGGAUUGCCAGUUUGGUUGGCGAUGCACAGUUCCAGCUACACGGCGGUAAUGCUAUUGGAUUCAUGACACUUGAAGGCUCCAAAGCUGCAGGCACCGACUUGCACUCUCGAACUGCCUCGAUUCUUGGAAUUUCGAGAAACGAUGCAAAAGUUUUCAACUACGGACGAAUCUACGGUGCUGGAUUGAAAUUCGCUGCGACUCUGCUCCGUCAAUUUAACCCGGCUCUCACAGAAAAAGAGACAAAUCAGAUCGCCUCCAACCUUUACAAAGAGACCAAGGGCGCCCGAACUACACGUAAAGUAUUGAAUGAUGGGCCGUUCUGGCGUGGAGGCACAGAGUCAUUCGUCUUCAACAAGUUAGAAGAGUUCGCCGAGCAAGAACGACCGCGAACUCCAGCAUUGGGCGCCGGUAUUACCGAGGCACUCAUGCGUCGUUUCAUCAACAAGGGCAGCUUUAUGACGUCCCGUAUUAACUGGGCUAUUCAAUCAUCCGGGGUCGACUAUUUGCAUCUCCUGAUUACAGCAAUGGAUUUUCUUAUUCGGCGGUUUAACAUCCAGGCUAGACUUGCUAUCACUGUACACGACGAGAUUCGCUAUCUUGUGAAAGAAGAAGACAAAUACCGUGCUGCCAUGGCUUUGCAGAUUGCUAAUGUUUGGACCCGUGCCAUGUUCUCGCAACAGGUCGGCAUUGAUGACCUCCCACAAUCAUGCGCCUUUUUCUCGGCGGUUGAUAUUGACCACGUCCUCCGAAAAGAAGUCAACAUGGACUGUGUGACUCCGUCUUUUCCACACAAGAUCCCCCACGGAGAGAGCUUGGACAUCAACCAACUACUCGCAAAGGGAGAUGAAGCUUUCCUCGACCCCUCGAUCCAGCCACUUUCUACUCCGGCUCCGGAUCAGUAUUCGUAUACCCCGAGGGAGUCUGUGAUGUCGGCUCUUCAAGGAUCUGAUAAUAUCGCUUUUAUUAAAGCUCAAAUCACUAGAGACGACGAUGAACUUAAAAACAUUGUCAAAGAGGCCAUGGCAAACCCUGCCAAAUCCAAGCCUACCACAAACCGCACUCGCAAAUCCGUCGUACCAAAGCCGGCCGGCGAGCCCCAAAGGGCUUUCCUAAUGGAAGAUUGGAACGAUUACGGCCGCAACUAUUCUCCAAACUCGAAACAAAACCCGUUUCCCUUUUCCAAGUUUUCGAAGCACCGCACGCCUGCUCGUGCGUGA